AUGGAAAAAGGACGACCAGAAACCAAAUCACAAAAGUCUCGCAAGUCAAAAAAGGCUUGGAGAAAAAACAUCGAUCUUGGCGAUGUUGAACAAGGUCUUGACGCUGCUCGUGAGUAUGAGCGGGCGUUUGGUGUUAAAGAAGCUGAGAUUUCCAAGGCCGAAGACGACUCUCUCUUCACAGUCGAUACUGAGGGUGAUGUUGGUCUCAAAUCCCGACGUGAGCGUGCUGUUAAACCCAUGAAGAUUGACCAGAUUCUUGAAAAAAAAUAUACAGAGGGCAAGAAGGGCCAAAUGUACUCGAACCAUCCUGGCCUUAGUAAUGCAAACUCAGCCAUUCAACAAGUCACGCUGAAUAAGAAACUCAACAAAAAACGACACAACGUCAGCUCAAAGGAACUUGAGCGGUUGAAGCGAUUGGCUGGUCAUACUGAUGUAAAGUCUGUAUCACUCACACAAGCUGUUGUCGAAAGCUCUGGCUUUCAGGAGGGCCCUAUCUAUGAUGCUUGGGGAAAUGACGAUGACCAAGACAAAAACAUUGAUACCUACACAGCUACUCUUAAAAAAACUGCUCCCAGAAUACCCGAAAAUAAAACCAAGUCUUACGACAAUAAAAUUGCCAAGCCUCCUAAACACGGCAAGGUCCAGACUUCUGGAUCUUUCAUUAAUGACAUAAAGCCAUCCACCAGUUUCCUGAAACCUCAAAGUGCACCUUCCACGCUCAGAGAGGCUCCUAUCAACAUCCACGAUCCUGAGGCACGCGAGGAAAGCAUUUUGGCAAGCAACAAGACUAUCAAGAUUCCAGAUGCUGGCAAAUCAUACAACCCUACCAUUGAAGACUGGAAAGCUUUGAUUGAACUGGAGCACGGCCGCGAAGCCAAGCGUGAAGAAGAACGCAAAGCUCUCGAAGAGCAAAAAGCAAAGAUUCAACUGUUGAUUGACACAUAUGAUGACAAUGGAGAACUUAGUGACGAAGAUGACGAAAGUGAUGAGGAGGACGACGAGGAAGAAGAAGAAGAAGAGGAAUCCAAGGAGGAAGAAGCCGGCAGUCUUUCUGUCAACCCUCCUGUUAAGGCUAAAAAGAAAACUCGCACUCAACGCAACAGACAACGUCGUCACGCUGAAAAGCUGCGUCUGGAGGCUGAGCUUAAGCGUGUGCGUCUCCAACUCAAGCAAAUUGAAGAUGUACCUGCUCUGCUCGAAGAGAUUGAGAAGCAGGUUGAAGAAGCCGAGGCCAACAAUGAUGAACCGCGCAACUACGAUGCCGAUGCUAAGCGCCGCCGUGUGACUCUUAAGAAACACGAGCGUAUCAUUGAGAUGCCCUUGGAAAUCAAACUCUCUGACGAACUGUCAGAUAGUCUGCGCAGUCUCAAGCCUGAGGGCAAUCUGGCGCUCGAGCGGUUCCGAUCGUUCCAGGAACGUGGCAUGAUUGAGCUCAAGGGUGACACUCAGUUCAAGAAGCGCAAGGUUGUUUACAAGGAGGUGGAGAAGAUGACUUACAAGUACCUGUUUGAUUGA